AUGGAAGCUGCCAGGAAGUAUUUGGAGGAUUCUGUGGCCGCGCUGACGGGCCAGAGCCCUGAAUUGGCUGAGCUGCUCGAUCUCUUUGAGAGGAGGCUCUGGCACAACCUCACCACCCAGUUGCUGGAGCUGGUGAACCACCCUCACCUCAAGGAAUCGCCACAGCUGAUCCCCCUCUACACCGAUUUCAUCAAGCACUUUGAAUCCAAGAUCAAUCAGCUCAGCUUCGUUCACAUCAUUCUCGCCAUCUCCAAGGCCUACCGCGACCCGGUGGAGACUAUCAAGUUCUUGGAGGGCGUGGCGACGAAGGUGUCGGGAGCCGAGGGCAGCCCUGAUGCCUACCUGCUGGUGCGUUCGGUGAUCGCCCAGCUCAAGCUGCAGGACCCCAAGAACCGAGAGGAGACCAAGGAGCUGCUCGAGUCCAUCCAGACUGGCCUCGACGGCGUGGCCGGCAUCGACACCUCGGUCUAUGCCAACUACUACAAGGCUCAGGCCAUCUAUCACAAGGCUGCCGGUCUCUCUGCCGAGUUCUACCGAAACGCUCUCCUCUACCUCUCUUACACCGCGAUCGAGUCCCUCUCGGAGCAGGAAAGGCUCCAGAUGGCCUUCGAUCUCGGCAUCUCUGCCCUGGUUGGCGAGGACAUCUACAGCUUUGGCGACCUUUUGGCGCACCCUAUCGUGGAUUCGCUUCUGGGCACGCAAGGCGAGUGGCUGCACCACCUGCUUCACGCCUUUAACAAGGGUGAUAUCCACACGUACGAGCAGCUCGUGGCGAAGUACGAGCAGCAGCUGGCCAGCCAACCCAUCCUCGUCCAGCACGUCGACCGAAUGAAGGAGAAGAUCUCCAUUCUCUGCCUCAUCGAGCUCAUCUUCGCGCGCCAGGCCAUCGACAGGAGUGUCCCUCUCUCUGCCAUCGCUGAGACCACCAAGGUCGGCCUUGACAUGGUCGAGCUGCUGGUGAUGAAGGCGCUCUCGCUCAAGCUGUUGAAGGGCAAGAUCGACCAGCUCAACCAGACCUUCAACGUGACGUGGGUGCAGUCGCGCGUGCUCAGCCUGGACCACAUCAAGAAGAUGAGGGACAACCUCCAGGACUGGACGAAGAAGGUCAACCAGACCUCCCUCUACAUCGAACAGGGCACCCCCGAGCCUGUCAUCUAA